GGCGUUGAUUUCUCGACAUAAGUUUCCAUUCAGUCUACCAUAUGUUAGUCCAAACUGAAAGCUUGCAUUCAUGCUCAAACGCGAUGACGGCGGCUUUCUCGACACAAAACCUGGUCCUCGCCCCUCCUCUCUUAUUUUACACCGCCAACGUGACACACCUACAAGAUGAAGCUUACUGCAAUCUCUGCGCUUUUUGUAGUAGCAGUUGUCGGGUCACCCACUCCUCCACCAAAUGUUCAUUCUAACAUGGGUCGCACACAACGCAUUCUCCUCAACUCCAGAUCAAACCCCACUAACAGCUCCAAAGCAUUUGAUCCGAAGACUGUGUGGGAUCAGCUGGAUUCUGUGUAUCAUAAGUACAGUGCCACCAUGAGGGCCUACCAACGGAACACUGGAUCUCCCCACCCGCUGAAUAGUCGCUUCGACGUUCGCUCAGGUGCAAAGCGGAAUGGAAACGUGCCCCUUGUCAACUACAAUGCAGACCUCUGGUACGGUGAGAUCGACGUGGGUACGCCCCCCAAAACGUUUACAGUGGUGUUCGACACUGGCAGCUCAGACCUCUUCCUUCCAUCAACCGAAUGCAGUGUCAGCUGUGCUGGGCAUACACAAUACGACCCUGCCGCAUCCUCGUCUGCCAAAGAUUCUGGCCAGCCGUUCGUGCUCAUGUACGGCGCUGGGGAAACAGCGGGCGAGGAGUAUGUCGACGACGUUUUUGUUGGGGGCUACGAAGCUAAGGAUCAGACCGUCGGCGGCGCAUGGCUAUAUUCGCCAGAGUUCAGUAAGGACGGGUCUUUCCCUCCUGACGGUCUCUCCGGUCUGGCAUUCCGCGAAAUAUCAGAGUUCGAGGAAUCUCCACUCUUCCAAACACUGGACGAAAGUGGAAAACUGCCGCAAAGCGUCUUUGGGUUCAAGCUAUCAACUACUCCAGGAGACAGCGAAAUGGUCAUCGGAGGAACAAAUACCAAUCUCUACCGCUCCGACACACUCUCUUAUGUCCCUGUGACGGAUAAAGGCUACUGGCAGGUAGAGAUGGAUAGCAUUUCGAGGUUGGGACAGGAGGUCAUCGAGUCCCAAGCCGCUCCUGCCAUCAUUGAUACCGGCACCACUUUCGUCAUCACAUCCUAUUCAAUCGCACAAAGUUACUACGCGAAUAUAUCUGGAGCCACGGCCCACACGGAGGGCGCGGAUACAUACUGGACAAUUCCGUGCGAUAUCAUCAAUUCCACCGUGCCUACCUUCACGUUUGGCGGGCGUGCCUUCAAAGUCUCUGCGCAGACGUACAACUUUGGGCCAGACGAUCUUUCCAGCGACUGCUUAGCUGGGAUUGCUGCGUCUUCAGAAAUGGAUUUCACAAUCGUCGGUGAUGUCUUUCUUCAGAACGUUUAUUCAGUGUUUGAUUACGCAAACACGAGGGUGGGAUUUGCAGAACUUGCUUGAUGUAACCCGUGGAUACAUCGAUUAAUACCCGAAGUGCAUGUAUACCUCUUCGUACUACAAACUUUGACUGUGAUGUGUAGCUAAGAUGGGCCGUGACAUCUUACUACCUGUAGUCCAGUGCAACGGAUGUCGACAUUGAACGGACAUGCACAGUGCAUAUGCGGUUUCAAGAGCAAGGGGUGUGGGGGCCGGAGCAGAUGGUAUACCUCCUGAAGUUUGGCAUUUGGUUAGAUUCAUGGACAGGUAUGCACCUUAUACAAUUUGUGUAGUGGAUGUGCUCUGCAGAGCCCAAUAAUCAGACAUGCAAGUGUCCGGCC